AUGACAACUGGGUCCUUGGACAGUACCAUCUCAGACGCAAUGUCUAUUCCACAACAGACCUGGGACCGAUGGAAGGAGUUGCUGGCCUCAACAAUCGCAAAUCAACCACCUGGUGACUCGAGUGCUACAACCGCCCUAGGAGAUUACCUGCUGGCUAAUAAUUGGGCAGAGGCCGCCCACUCCUGGCAAGAACCUCCAUCUUCUCAGGCAUUGGCGCUCCCAAUGACAUUUCAUACUCAACUUCGCGCGAUUGAAUUAUCAGAAAUCGCCGAGUAUGCAAUAUCACUGCUUCCUAUGGCAAAAGGCCAAGAGGCCUACCAUGGGUUACCACACCUUCAGGCCUACCGCCUUUGGCACGCAAUCUCUCUCGCAGAAUUUGGAGAGCUAGGCCUAGCUAAACGGUGA